AGAAGAAGUGCAAACGCUGAGUGUUACAGGAGUUACUUGUGACUUGUGAGUUUGGCGUCCGUUUUGUCAUAAUGGCAUUGGAAGUGCUUACUGGUUGUGGGAGCAAUUUUGUAAAUCCUUGUCGUGUCAAUCAGGAUUUACACGAUGGAUUCGAUUUUAAUUUCUCAGCUGGAAAUUUUACUCACAACAUGCAGUUGGCGAAACCUCCAUUCUCGAACCCAGUGGAAGACAUAGAAGCAUUUACCAAAGAUGAACAUGGGAAGAGCAUGAAAAUUCAUUUUGACCAUGGAACUACAACAUUGGGUUUCAUGUACAAAGGGGGUGUGGUACUUGCUGUUGAUUCUCGUGCAACUGGUGGCCAGUACAUUGGAUCACAGACAAUGAAGAAGAUUGUGGAGAUAAAUGAUUAUUUGCUUGGUACUUUGGCUGGAGGUGCAGCUGACUGUGUGUAUUGGGACAGAGUGUUGGCAAAACAGUGCCGCAUGUAUGAAUUACGUAACCGUGAACGCAUCUCUGUGGCAGCUGCUUCAAAACUGAUGGCCAAUAUGGUGUACAACUACAAAGGAAUGGGUCUCUCAAUGGGGAUGAUGAUUUGUGGAUGGGACAAGAGAGGACCAGGACUCUACUAUGUGGACAAUGAAGGCACAAGAACAAAAGGAAAAGUUUUUUCGGUUGGUUCUGGCUCGGUGUAUGCCUUCGGUGUUUUGGAUGCUGGAUAUAACUGGGAUUUAUCUGAUGAAGAAGCAUACGAUCUAGGUCGACGUGCAAUUUAUCAUGCAACUCACAGGGAUGCUUACAGCGGGGGCAUUGUAAGAGUGUACCACAUGAAGAGUACUGGCUGGGAGAACAUUUCCAAUGAGGACUGCAAAGAGCUGCAUUAUAAAUUUAAAGAGGAAAAAGAAAGUCUUGUUCAUUAACUCUGUUUUACAAGUUGUAUCGUGAAAUUGUGUAAAUAAAAGACACGUUUUGUGCAAA